GUUUAUUGCUGAUAGCGGACGAAAGCGGAUGCCUGAGAUUUCAGAGAAUAAAGCCGCAGACGGGGUUUGUUGUGUAUUUAGUGGUAUAGAAACAUAAAGUUGGCGGACAGGUGUUAUUUUUAAGAUACAUUUUCUAUUCCUGUGGUCUUUAUUACUUUAUUAGUCUUUACUGAGCGGCCGUUAGCGUCUGAAGCUGUAGCAGACCGUUAGCCGCUAGCUAACAAGGAGACAGGAUGUGAAUGAAUCCGGACGGGACCAGCAGCCAGUCAGUCAGUCACACCCCUGUCUGGGAACAGCUGAGGAAGGUUUUAGCUCAGCAGGACGCAGUAACUGUCUCUCUCUUCUCCACAAUGUCUCCCACUAACACGUGUUAGCAUCUAGCCGCUGGAUUUAAGUGAAAGCGUGGACUUAUUAUGGCCGACUCGUCAGCAUCAUGGCCCGGACAGAGGUGAUAACCCACACCAGGCUGUGUGCUGCAGAUCCAGCCUCCCUCCGCGGCUAGCCGGAACACACCCAUCCAGACCCCGCAGCCUCCCGGACGCGUCAGCGGCCAGCGUGGAGCGAUGAGCUCUCCGGUUUACACGUUCGUUAGCCGCGACGACAACAGCACCAUUUAUGCUGAAGUGUCUAAAAUGCUGCUGGCCACCGGCCACUGGAAGCGGCUGAAAAGAGACAAUCCCCGGUUCAACCUGAUGCUCGGGGAGCGGAACCGGCUGCCAUUCGGACGCCUUGGCCAUGAACCAGGACUGGUGCAGCUGGUGAACUACUACAGAGGAGCAGACAAGCUUUGCAGAAAGGCAUCGCUGGUCAAGCUAAUCAAGACCAGCCCGGAGCUGUCCGACUCCAGCAGCUGGUUUCCAGAGUCCUACAUCAUCUACCCCACGAACCUCAACACCCCUGUAGCUCCAGCUACCAACGGCAUCAGUCACCUGAAGAGCAAUCCCAAAACGGAUGAGCGGGAGGUUUUCUUGGCCUCGUACCACACCAAAAAGGAAAGUGGAGAGGGAAGCGUGUGGAUCGCCAAGUCUUCUGCUGGUGCUAAAGGAGCUGGUAUUCUGAUAUCACACGAUGCAAAUCAGCUGCUGGACUACAUUGACAAUCAGGGACAGGUUCAUGUCAUCCAGAAGUACCUGGAGAAACCCCUGCUGCUGGAACCCGGUCAUCGCAAGUUUGACAUCAGGAGCUGGGUGCUGGUGGACCAUCAGUAUAACAUCUAUUUGUACCGGGAGGGCGUGCUGCGGACCUCGUCGGAGCCCUACAACAGCGCGGACCUCCAGGACAUGACCAGCCACCUGACCAACCACUGCAUCCAGAAGGAGCACUCCCAGAACUACGGCCGCUACGAGGAGGGCAACGAGAUGUUCUUUGACGAGUUCAGGCUGUACCUGCUGAACACCCACAACGUCACCAUGGAGACAACCAUAUUACCUCAGAUCAAACACGUCAUAAAGAGCUGUCUGUCCUGCAUCGAGGCGGCGAUCAGCACCAAGCACCUCUCCUACCAGAGCUUCCAGCUCUUUGGGUUUGACUUCAUGGUCGACGAGAACUUCAAAGUGUGGCUCAUCGAGAUCAACGGCGCUCCGGCCUGCGCCCAGAAGCUCUACCCAGAGUUGUGUCAAGGCAUCAUCGACGUGGCCAUCUCCAGUGUCUUCGCUCUCAACAGUGACUCCUCGUCUGCGUCUUCCUCGCCUUACUCCUCCUCCCCUUCUUCCCUCUUCACCACCAACUCCUGCUCCUCCCCUAAGCUGAGGGGGCCCCUGCACGUGGGUCCUUUCACUCGCCUCUAGGGACAACCCACUCUCCUGUCUGCUGGACGCGUCGCCCGCCAUCCAUCCAAACUCAUAACCUGCACCUGAGAGGAGAAGCACACCUGGAGACACUUGGUCUAGACCUUCUUUUUACAGAGCUGGUUAAAGUGCAGAGAAGGCGGUGUGAGGAUGGUGGGAGUGGAUCAGAAAACACUCCGUGGGCUUUCUGAAUGAAGCCAGGUGGGUCCCCUGGUUGUGGAUGAAGGAAGGAAGCUGAGAUGAGACUUACUGUGCCUUACGUUUCCCGCCGCCCCCCCUCAGACUGCCACUAAAGAUCGCUGUUAUUGGCUCUGGUUGUAUAAGCCCCUCCCCCGUAUUGUUGCUACACUUGAUCAACACCCACAACAUGGCUCCACUAAAGAAAUAACAGUGACCAGAUGAUGUGAUAUAUUUAACGUAUUGAACUACAUGUAGUUUUACUCGUAUCGCAUAAAAGAGCGGUUCUACCCAUUUGAUGGUUCUUCUUGAAGUUUAACUCGACAGCUAAGACACUACAUAUUUAUUUUAAAGGGAGCCAGGAUGGAAAUUCAAGUAGGAUCAUCUGUUUUUUUCUCGUCCAAGACCCAUUUUAAGUUUCUUACAGUGGCACUCCUUGGGCAUAUAACACCCUGGUUCAGUAUCUCUGUAACCUUUAAAACUCUCUAUGAAGGCUGCCUGCAGGGAAAAAAUCCAUUGUGCAAAAUUCUGCAACUUAUUUAACUAAAGAAGUUUUUUUAAAUUAAUUUAAAGUAGCUGUAAGUAAGAUAUUUACUGCAAAAUCAACCUAAAUCAUUCCCAUUUCUCUCCAGGGAUGGAAGUACCAUUCCCUAUAAACAAUCGGUCCUCUCCAUCAACAAUGUCUUUGUCACGAUUUUCCUCCUUUUAAACCUAGAGGUACGGUCUGGAACCACUUGGGUUCAGAGAGUAGCUCAGUGUUUACUUCCUGGUUCCUCAACCAAUUAUAUGAGAGUUCCCACGGUCCCUAAAACAGAGCCCAGCAUUUGGUAUUUUAUUUUGGCUAAAGAGCAGCAGCCUGCAAACAUGGACACCAGCAAGAGAAGCAGGAAUAGAACAGAAUACAACAUCAUAGACCCUGUGAUGGUAAAAAUUCAGUGGACUUUCACAGCAACAACACAUCGUUGAGUAAACGGCUGUUCUCUAUGAAAGGUAUUGUGCAUGUGUCAUUAUUACUUAUAGCUCCUCUAGGUUUGCUAGAGACAAUAUAUGAAGAUCAGCUCCUAACAUUUGUUUGUUUUAAGUCCUCAUAGCGAAACCUGUUUCCCUCUGUUUAAAUUCUCCAUAAUCGUGUGUGACUGCGAGCAGCAAACCGGGGUUCUUGCACAUCACAGAGGGGCUUACUCCUUGCUCUGUGCGUCUGAGGGGAUUUCUGGACAAUAAAACAUUUUCUUUUCUUCAAAUGAGCUCUCUCGUCACCCCCAGUAAGUUACCACCCUGGGUGGCAGCUCAGAUCGACCACAUCAAGUUCUGCCACUGCAGCUCCAAGGUCCCAGUCUUCUUAAUGGCUGAGAAGAAAGAUCAGAGCACCUUGUAGGAGAAGUAGCCAGUAUUAAAGUGUUUUAAACAUAUUUUCUGUUUUUUAAAGAGCAUGUUUGUGGAAAAGCAUGUAGCAUUCAGCUCUCCUGCAGAACACCUGUAGAACAGACGGGACUGUUUUAUGGCUCUGGUGUAGUUGUAUGAACCUUCAGGGUGUUGGUUAUGCUUGAAAGCAGUCGGAGCUGAAGUAGAAUAGGUUGAUCAGAAACUCUUAUUAUUUAAAACCUUUAAGGAUCCUCUGAAACUGCUGUGACUGAAAUACGUAGACUGACUGAGAACCUGCAGAGAACUUUGUGGUAAAACCUCGAUCAGCAGAGGUCGGCGUAUAACAGUACAUGUCCAUUUCCUUGGCUCCUUCUACUGUUUUUAGUUUAGAUUAAUCUGUGAUCAGUAGAGACUGUAGAGUCAUAAUUGUCACGUUUUGUAGUUUUGUUGUGUUUUUUUUCCAUUUUUGGCCAGCUGGCUCAUUUUCCUCUGUUUUAACAUCUGAUCAGAGGCAUCAUGUUGGGCUCCCCCUACUGUUACAAAGGGAAACAGUUUCUCCAAAGGUUAUUUGUCGUGAUUUUUUUAGUAACAUUUUCAUUUCAUAGGAAUUCAAGCUUGUAGUUUGAUUACUUUUGAUGAGUUAAGAAAUGUUUUCAGUAUCAUGAAAGACAGAAACAAAGAAGUUGUGACAUUUUGUCUGACACCAAACACCCAUCCAAUAGAAAAGCAAUUUAUUUUCAUGAGAUGACACUUUAUACAGUAAUUGAUCCCAGGAGGAGAAGAAAACGAAUUAGUACACUACUUUUCAUUUGGCUCAGGCCCCAAGAAAGAAAAAUUGAUGCUGCUGCAGCUAAUUAUCAAUAAAAACUUACCUGAUAAAUGUUAUGCUGACAUCUGGUGUGGUCUGGCUGUUGACUCCCUGUCGUAGCCGUGCAAUGAACUGUGUUGUGUCGUCUUUUCUGAACUUUGAGUUGUUUCUGAUAAGCGUUUUAAAAUUGCUUAUUCACCUUAAAAAUCAGUGAAAAGGCAGGUUUGGGUUUAACAUAGUUUCUUUUCAGAUGAAAUAUGCCUUUUAGUCACUGUGUUUUUAAUAUCUGCGAAACCUUUAGAGGGAAUUUCAGUCAAAUAAAAAUAAAAAGUCAACUUUAAAAAGCAGCUUUGAGGUAACUACAAAAAAACACCAUGAUGUCAGUUUAUUUUCUAUGUUAAGCAUAUUUUAUCACGCUGUUUCAUGCAUUUUGUCUGAUUUCUACCAAAGAUUAAAUUGUGUCAUGCUGUCUUGUCUUACGGAUGAUCAAAGAAACAAACCUGGUGGUGUUUGCUGUUUUUUUUUCUAAUGUAAUGUUUAGUUUUAAACUUUGCCUGAACAUCUGUCUUCAUGAGGAACAGUGUGAGAAUAAAACUCCUUUCUUUAAUCAAA